CCUUGUUGUUGUUGUUGUGUCAUAAAUAUAUCUACUCAAAAUCUUACACUCUUAUACUCUUUAUCUAACUCUCUUUAUAGUGUAGAGUGAUUGGUGCUUUGAACUCUACCCAAAAGUCGUGGUAUAUAAUAUUGAAAAGCAAAUCAACAAUUCAAUUAAAAACUAAACAACUACUAGACACCACUCCAGAACACUACCGACAUCUUUCAAUGCAGGUAAUCAAUAAUUAAUCAAGUCGAGGUUUUCAAUAUGGCUCCAAGCAGCAGGCAGCUUUUCCACGCAGUACUUCUCCUGGGUCUCUGUUCUCUUGCCGUUUUAUCAUAUCUGAACAGUGGAUUGCUUUGGCCUAGAAAAUCACCACACCUUCGGUCGCGGUACCUAGACACUGCAAGUCAAACCAUCGAAGCACAAACGACUUUGGAAGUGGGAAAGAUGUCACCGAGAGGUGAUAACCAUGAUAACCACUCCUCAAGAAGUGAUGAUGAAUUGCCUAAAACGACACCAUAUGACCCGCCAACAUAUAUCUCGUUCUCGCCACCAAAAGGCGUUAAAGCCGAAUUAUCGGGAUCUACGACAAAAGGUGAUCAUAUAUCAUCGGAUUGUCCUGAUCUUCCGAAGGUGGCACCAGAUAUAAAGGAAAACUUCACAUGGUGGAACACGGGAGUCAGAGACUUCUUAGUUUUCUCGGCUUUUCUAGAUAACAGAACUGUUCUUAGGCACUAUCCAAUUGUGAGAGUAAAUGCCAUUUACAUUGGAUCGUCUGACUAUAUAAAUUAUCCCAAAUUUUGUCAAGUUUGGUUUCAAGCUAGCGACAUGAAAACUGUGUAUAAUCGCGCUUACCGUAUGGAUAUUGAUGAAACUGGCUAUCAGGAUCAAAAGUGGAAGCCUCUUUUCCUGAACUGUCUCUUGGACACCAAAGAAACAAGGAUGCCUUACGCCAUAUCAGUAGUGGAUGGUCGAUGCAACCAACCUCGUGGAGCGUUGAAGAUAAUCGACUCCAGAAUAAAACCGAAGAAAGAACCAACAUUUGGAGUGUGUAUAAAGCCCUUGUAUGGCAAAUAUGACGGGACUGGUCGGGUGGUUGAAUUCAUGGAGGUUACGAAAAUGUUUGGGGCUGAUUAUUUUAUUGCCUACAAUUACUCGAGUAACUCCACUACACUGGGGCCAGUAUUUAAGAAGUAUAUCAACGAUGGGGUAUUGACGAUGGUACAAUGGGUUCCGCCCAUUGAAGUUCUCCGAGUGGUCAACCUAACGUCUGGGUUAAAAGAAUACCUGUACUGGGCCCGAGACUUGGGCCAACAAGCAGCGACAAACGACUGCCUCUACCGUCUAAUGCAAAACUAUUCUCACAUUGCAAUGGUCGACUACGAUGAAUUCUUAGUUCCACGCUCAGCAAAAACGUGGCAAGAGCUCUUCAAAACAUUACCCAAAAAUUACACCAUAGGCAGUUACAAGUUUUUGAACAGAUUCUAUCACUUGCAAUGGAAAACGGACCCAGCCAACUUCACCGAUCCCAGAAUCCACAAGUAUCGACCCUCAACUCUUUUAGCUAUCACCCCCGAGAAGAAAUUUUGGGGACCGGGGCGUCGACCAAAGCAGUUUUCCAUGGCUCGUGCGACCUUGGGAGGUACAAUUCACCACGGGCUGUUACUGCCAGGUUUUAAAACUUACGUUUUGCAACCGGAAGACGGAUACAUGCACCAUUAUCGAGCCGGUGUAGGUCCGGCGGUGCAUACUCUUUUCUACAGGCAGAUGAUGGUGCCUGUGGAAGACCCAGAUAUGUAUUUGUGGAAGUUUAAGGAUGAGAUUUUGUCAAGAAUUGAUCAUGUUUUUAAAGAAACUCGGGCGCCAUUUACUGGUACCAUUAAGCGUAGAAGAUAACGGUUGCGAAUCAUGGCAUUCUCGUUUGCUGUUUUAACCAAAAACCAAGACCGUGUUUGGCUUUGUUGGCGGUGCACCAGACCAGACAAGAAUAUAUCACUUUUGAUUUAAUUUGUGAAAAAAAGUGGAAAAUGUAAUCCUAUUACUUCGAACAGACACGCACCAAGGAUUGGCCUUGCGUGGCAUUUGUAAAUGCGGGAAUCAUUUUAUCUCGUGUAUAACUGAAUAAAUAAAUACAUAAGAUUAUUUACGAAGCAUACAGGGGUAAAAUUGCACAUCGUUUUAUACACAUGCAUUUGUAAUCUUCAUUUUAAAUUUAUUUUUAAAAGUCAACAUUCUAAAUUAAAAAUCGCCGGGCUGAUAGUUCAGCUUGCGCUUUUCCAACCGUCCUCAGCUAGGUCUGCUUCUUGCUAUUCAAUCAAUCGAUAUCAGGAGACUGCAAUCAAUCAACUCAUUGCUUACAUGUAGACCGCAUACUGUAAACUCAAUUCGGUGACUUCACUCAACUGUUGCACCGCCAUUUCCUAAUUAUUUCAGUCUUAGCUUGUGAAAAAGAGGCAUGCAUAAGAAAAAGGGAUUUAGGGCAUGAUAAAGAACACAAUUAUUUAUUUAGAUAAUUUUCAGCAUGUUUGGAAUGAAGAAGCUGCGACAUUGGCAAUCCAACAAUAAUGAUAGCGAAAAACAAAAAUUAAAAAAAAAUUCUAUCUUUUUGAAAUCUUACGACCUUCUAGCACAUUUGAUAUGUUGUAUUUGACCCAGUCAUACAGUGUAUCGAUCUACCCCAGUAAUUAUAAACAUCAA